AUGCUGAUAGCCGGAAUCAGUGGCUGUAUAGCUGUAAUAGUUUUUGCCUGUUUUGGUAACACUGAGGGCUGGAUGCCAGGGCAUCCUAAUAAUUACUUUGGAUGGUCAUUUGGUCUUGCUGUAGUGGGGUCAGUAGCAUGCAUAAUAACUGCUGCACUGUUCUUGACAGAAGCAAAUAUUCAAUCGAAAAAACGAAACAGACUGAAAGAAUCGCAAGCUCGUUUUGAAAUGGACCACGAAUCUAAAGCA